AUGUUAGAAUACGUGUACGAGAUGCAGCGUAUAGCUCGUGACACGAAAAUCAAUGAUGGUAGCGUUAUCGAGUGCAUCGUGGAUGGUGUGUCUUACGAUGCAAAGCCAUGGGAGAAAGCAUACAAAUCUGCGAAGAACGGAUUUCCUCUUAAACAGCAACCAUGUACUUUAUGUGAAAAUAAAACAAAUGAGCAACGAUCGGACUGCAGAAGCGACGCCACCUCAACCAUCAGUGACAGUGUGGGAACCCCGUCACCCGGGCGGAAUGAAGACGGAUCAGUACAAAACGGUUACACUGGUAUUGGAAUCUACUACAGCAUCGACAAUAGCGCCAUCCGACAACCAGAACAUACAUCAGCCUUCACCGCAGAAGCAAUAGCUCGGGUUAUUGCAGCUGACAAAGGCCUACGCAGAGACAAACCCAACGUGAUCUUCACCGACAGUGCAAGUGUUCUUCAAGCACUUUAUUCUGGAACCACCCCGAACAUCCAACAACUCUGCAACAUACCAAAUACACCCCAAGUCACAUUCUUCUGGAUCUAUCCAGGGAUCUACGCAGGUAUCCAGGAAAACGAAAUAGCAGAUCGACUAGCCAACAUAGGACGUAAUAGGAAUAGCCCGGCCUGCUGUCAUAACACUCAUCCACGCCGUGAUUUCAUUCGCCUUAGCAAAACCAUCAUCGCCAAUAGCUGGAAUGGUUAUUGGGUUAGCAGCGGUCGCUUUUUUCUGAGAACCAUCAAGACCACAACAUCACCAUGGAAAGACCAUCUAUCACACCAAGACCAGGGCAUUCUAUCACGACUUCAUAUCGGACACACCCGGUUCAGCCUCAACUUGUUAUUGCAAAAAUCCAGCCCACCACUAUAGUUCCUUUGGCGUCGACAUCAGUGUCCGCCACAUCUUAUCCGAAUGCCAUGGUUAUACAGCGGAAGAUUGUGAUUGCCAGCGAAAACUUUUAAAAUUCUUUCGUAUUACUUACCUUUAUAAAGAACUUUAAUCAAAACCACAUGUGAAAUGGACAAACAUCUUUAAUAAAAUAAACGGAUAGCUUGAAGUAAUCCAAGACUACCCGACGUCUUAUCCGAGGUAUAAGAUAAUUGCAAGCCACAAAUGGCUUGCAAAGAAGAAUGUUAGAUUAUAAGUAUAGAAUUAAUUAAGCGAUUAAUAGAGGCAUCGCGGGAAUGAGUCCAAAAGUCUCUAUAAAAAAAUAAA